UGUGCAGGAACCAGAGGAGGAGGCCAUCUACAGCGGACCAGAUAUCUACAUGGAGCCCAACCUGUUCAUGUCCAACGUGAAGGUGCAGGCCUUGUAUGACUACCGCGCUCAGAGGGACGACGAGCUGUCCUUCUGUAAACAUGCCAUCAUCUACAAUGUCCUCAAACAGGAUGGAGGCUGGUGGCGAGGGAUGUAUGGAGGUGUACGGGAACACAAGUGGUUCCCGUCCAACUACGUGGAAGAGAUGGACCAGAAACAGAACAGCAUCGAGGAGAACCCACUGGGCAGUCUACAGCAAGGGGUCAUCGACAUCCAGUCCUGUACAGUAGACCUCCUGCAGGGAGGGAAGGGGGAUCAGAGAUGGGUGUUCCGCAUCAUCACGCCCAUGAACGAGCGACCUCUGGAGAUUGCGGCCAGGUCAGAGGAAGAGAUGCACGAGUGGGUCGACACCAUCCGAGACGCAGCUCGCAUGGCGGUGGUCCAAGCAGUCGAGGACAAAGACCUGGAGAGGCGGAAACGGAUCGCUCGCGAACUGUCCGACCUUGUCGUGUACUGCCGGUCGGUUUCCUACGAGGAGGGCAGGCGGGGGCAGUACUACGAGAUGUCCUCGUUCCCGGAGACCAAGAUGGAGAAGAUGGCGGUAAAGGGGAAGGCGCCGAUGCUACUGGAGUACAACCAUCACCAGCUGAGCAGGAUCUAUCCCAAAGGGCAGCGGAUCGACUCCUCCAACUACGACCCCAUGCCGCUGUGGUCGGUGGGCUGUCAGCUGGUGGCGCUCAACUACCAGACUCCUGACCGCCCCAUGCAGCUGAACGAAGCCAUGUUCAGCAGAACGGCCGCAGCGGGUACAUCCUCCAGCCGGACUGCAUGCGCGACCCCGUGUACGACCCCUUCAUCCGUAACACGCUGAGGGGAGUG